UCCCGGCACCCGGUGCGCGCGGCCUUCGGGAGGCGGGGCUGCUCAGGCUCUCUGCCGGGCAGCGGCGGCUGCCUGCGCUCUCCGCUCCUAGGUCUGCGCCGGCGGAUCCUCUCCUGGUGUCUGGAUUCUCGGGCCCUGCUAAACAUUUACCAUUUUGGAGUUUAAAGGAUGACAUCAUGGCAAAAUUUCGAAGAAAGACUUGCUUCAUUUUGUCACUUUUUAUUCUGCUUUUUUUCUCUCUGAUGAUGGGUUUAAAAAUGCUGAGACCAAAUCAAGCAGCUUUUGGAGAUCCUUUUGGACUUGACCUUCUUCCAGAAAUUCGGCAACAAACUCCUCAUUUGAUGAAAGUUUUUGAUUCCCAAAAGAGUGACAAAAUCAACAAUGAAACCAACAUCAAGAACUUAAAAACUGAGGAAAUCACUAUGAAAGCUUCCUUAGCCUCUGAACCUCGUCCAGAAGAACUGCCACCUCUGAAUUAUUAUUUACAUGUAUUUUAUUACAGUUGGUAUGGAAAUCCACAAUUUGAUGGUAAAUACAUACAUUGGAACCAUCCAGUUCUCUCACACUGGGACCCUGGGAUAACCAAGAAAUACCCCAAAGGGAAGCACAACCCCCCUGAUGACAUUGGCUCCAGGUUUUAUCCUGAGUUGGGAAGUUACAGCUCUCGGGAUCCUUCUGUCAUUGAAACUCACAUGAAACAAAUGCACUCAGCUUCAAUUGGUGUACUAGCCCUAUCUUGGUACCCACCUGAUUUGAAUGAUGAGAAUGGAGAACCUACUGAUAACUUGGUACCAACUAUUUUGGAUAAAGCUCAUAAAUAUAAUCUGAAGGUCACUUUUCAUAUUGAACCAUAUAAGAAUCGAGAUGAUAAAAGCAUGUACCAAAAUGUCAAGUACAUUAUAGACAAAUAUGGAAAUCAUCCUGCCUUUUACAGGUACAAGACUAAGAACGGCAAUGCUCUUCCAAUGUUUUAUAUCUAUGAUUCCUAUAUCACAGCAUCUCAAAAAUGGGCCAAUCUGUUAACCAGCUCAGGGUCUCAGAGCAUUCGCAACUCUCCUUAUGAUGCAUUGUUUAUUGCACUUCUAGUAGAUAAAAAGCAUAGAUAUGGAAUUCUUCGAGGUGGUUUUGAUGGAAUUUACACAUACUUUGCCACAAAUGGCUUUACGUAUGGCUCAUCCUUUGAAAACUGGGCUAACAUAAAAUAUUUUUGUGAUCAGUUCGACCUAAUGUUCAUCCCAAGUGUGGGUCCAGGAUACAUAGAUACCAGCAUCCGACCGUGGAACUCUCAGAACACUCGUAACCGAGUCAACGGGAAAUAUUAUGAGACUGCUCUGAGAGCUGCACUCCAAGCCCAUCCCAGUAUAAUUUCCAUCACCUCUUUUAAUGAGUGGCAUGAAGGAACUCAGAUUGAAAGAGCUGUUCCCAAAAGAACCAGUAAUAUCGUGUACCUGGAUUACCGGCCUCAUAAACCAAGUCUUUAUCUAGAGCUAACUCGCAAGUGGUCUGAAAAAUACAGAAAGGAAAGAGCAAUUUAUGCAUUAGGUCACCAGGAACUUAGCACACAACCUGUUUCUUAAUGGAUUGAUUUAAGUUUAAUAAUUAUAGAAAUUACCUAAUUUCAGUACAUUCCUUUUGUUUUGAGUUAUGGGAAGAAAACAGUCAAAAUCAACAUGUACUGUUACCAUUAUCUCUAAUAAAAAUAAUUUGUACAUUGUUAAGGAUAGUAAUAUCAUUGCCACCUUUCACAGUGUUACACUGAGAGAAAAGUUGUGCAAAUAAUAUUCCUUAUGGCAUAAAUUUGCUGAAUCUGUGACUGGAAUUGAAAUCUUGCUUUGAUAGCUGUUUUUAUUUCACAAUAGGCAGUUGCUUGUGUUUCAAAGAGUAGUUAGCACACAGUUAAUCCUACUAGUAUUCUGCACCCAAAGAAACAGAACUGUAUAUAUAUUUGAUAUGUCUGUUGAAGAACAAUGAUGUAAAAGAUAAUAUACAUGGUUCAUUUUUUAAUGAUCUAAUCAACUUUGUCCUAUUAGCAUUCAGACUCUGGAAAACAUUCCAAUAAUUCUUCAGAAGAAAAUAUGCCUUAAGCCUUACUGAGAUGAGGCCUGCUUUCUGUAACACAAUAUAUAUCAUCAUAGGCAGAUUUCUGGUUUCCUAGACCUUGCUAGGUAUUUGGCAUGUCUAAUGUUUCUACUUUGUAAUGAUGAAUUCCAGACUUCAGAAGGAAAAUCUUUUCAUAAAGGCUUUUCAUAAAAGUUAAGAAUUGCUUCUCAGUUAUUGAAAAAACAUAGCUGAUUUACAAGUAUUAUGGAAAUACAAUGCCUAAAAUACUAUUUUUAGGCUAUCUUGUCAGUCUUUAACUUGUUGUUUUAUUAUUCAUGUUUUUAAAUUUAAUGUUAAUUAGAGAUGAAUUGUUAAGAAAAGUUGAUACUAACAUUGGAUUGCCACCUUUUAAGUUUUUAAGCUAUUUUUACUAAAGCUAACAGAGAAAAUUUACUUAGCAUUUCAGAUUUUAAGGAUAUGGAAAUAAAAUUUCAUUCCUAAGUUUGACUUUUUAUUAGAUAUAACAUUUAAGAAUGGAAAUAUUUUAUUUAAAAGACUUUAAAUUAUUGUAUAUAAUAAUAUCCCCAUCUAAAAACAUUAUGCUUUUAUGUUACCUAAUAGGUUAAAGACUUGUGGUCUGCUGUCAUAUUGUGACAAAUUGACCAUCUGUAAAAAAUGAAUCUCUUUAAAAGCUAGAGAAUAAAAGACACUCUGUUAUUUUAGUUAAUAUUUGUAACUAGAACUAUAGAAAAAAAAACUAAUAUAUAUGCUCUUACAUGAAUAUUUUUUAGAUAUUUAUUCAAUGUUAACAAUACAGAAUACACAUAGUCAGGAUAUAAGGACGUUCAUUCAGAAACAAAUAGUGGAAUUUGUCAUAAAUGUCAUUGUCUAAUGAGUUAUUUUUAAGCAGUGCUUUCAAAGCAAACUAGCAUGUCUUUGAAAAGAGGCAUGAUUAAUGUUAAACUGAUUUAUAACUUGAGAAUUUUCCAUAUCUCAGAAUAUUCAGACCAUGGGAAAUUAGUACAUUAGUAAUUAGUAAAUUCACUUUCUAGAGGAAAUUACAAGAAUAACUCGCUAUAAUAUUAUAACCAUCUUCAUAGGAACACUCAUGCUGAUAUAACCUGUGGAUUUUUUUUUGUUUUUAUUACACUCAGUUUGCCACUGUAUGUUUUCUUAGGGAUAAACUCUAAAUAUGCCAUACCUAAUAAUUUUUAUAACUUACUAUAUUUUAUUAAAGUUUAGCUAGAUAUCUACCACAGGAAUUUUUGUCUUUGCUUAUGUUAUAUGCUUGAACCCAUAGUAACAGACAGUUUUAUGAAACAGUUCUGAGGUUAAGAGAAA